GAUUCCCCGCAGGUACCCGGCAGACGCCAAGAAAUACUGACAGAGGAGACGUCUGUAUGUAAACAAUACAGAUCUCUCCCGUCAGCACCAGCACGCUGGUUUGUAUUGCUCUGCAUAGCAGAGCAAUACAAAGCAGUGUGCUUACACAGUAAAGUACACACAGACAAAAUAGUAACACAGCACACAGUUAACCCUUUGAUCACCCCAGAUGUUAACCCCUUCCUGCCCAGUGCCAUUACUACAGUGUCAGUGCUUUUCAUUAGCAUUGAUCACUGUAUUGGUGUCACUGGGGAUGUCAGUGACACCAAGUCAGUUCCCUCCAGUGUCAGAAUGCCUGCCGCAGUCUUGCAGUCCCGCUAUAACUUGCUU